UCAACACCUUCAUCCUUAAAUCCACCCUACCUCUCUUUCUUUUCACUUCAAUGUAUCAACAACAUUACUCUUCUCUCAUUCUCUUUGUAUUGAACUGAGUUUGUUUACUUGCUUUUCUUUUUUUGGUUCAGAAAGAAAUUAGCUAAGGUUUCAACCCAACAAAUUUUAACUGCAUUACCUUUAGUUAGUGUUAAUCCUUUUGUCUUUGUUGACAUUGGUUCUUGUUCAAUUUUCCUAGCAAGUCAUGGGGAUACUGUCCCUAAGUUCUUCAUCAAGUUUACUAAGUAAACUCAUUGGUAUGCAUGAAAAUAGUGAAUGGCACCAUGCAAGGAGGAAGAACAAUGUUGUGUUCUGCCAAGGUGGUGGAAAUGUGAUCAAGUCUGCUGGCAUGUCUUCCGUGUUAACAGAAAGAUCAGCAUCGUUUAGCGCUGAUCACGCCACGACUCUAAUGGAUGCAGGAAGCUUGGUCUUGUCUCAAAAUGGGAAAAGCCAGACAGAUAUUGUGGUGAAGGAUUUGGUGCCUUAUGGUGGACCAACAUCCACCACAUUAGUAGGAUUUGAAGAUGGAAUAGGCAUUGUCAAAUUCCUAAGAGGGAAGAAGUUUUUUAUUACAGGUGCAACCGGUUUUCUAGCAAAAGUUCUUAUUGAGAAGAUUCUAAGAACAGAACCAGAUGUUGGAAAGAUUUACCUUUUGAUCAAGGCAAAGAAUAAGCAAGCUGCAAUGGAGAGAUUACAGAAUGAAAUAAUAAAUACAGAGCUUUUCAAAUGCCUUAGACAAAUCCAUGGAAAAUCCUACAAAGCCUUUAUGUUGAGCAAGCUAGUACCUGUAGUAGGCAACAUUUGCGAAUCGAAUCUUGGACUAGAUGAAGAUUCUUCCAAUGUUAUUAUGGAUGAGGUAGAUGUAAUUGUAAAUUCUGCAGCUAAUACAACAUUUGAUGAAAGAUAUGAUACUGCUAUCAACAUAAACACCAAAGGACCGUGUCGCCUUAUGAACAUUGCGAAAAAAUGCAAGAAGCUUAAGCUCUUUCUGCAUGUUUCAACAGCUUAUGUCAAUGGACAAAGACAAGGAAGAAUUAUGGAAAGACCAUUUAGCAUUGGAGAUUGCAUAGCUAGAGAAAAAUCCAUCUCUGAAAUUCCACAAAGUUUUCUUCCAGCAUUGGACAUCGAAGGCGAAAUAAACAUGGUUUCGAAUUACAAUGGGAACAUUGAAGACAACUUACUAGCUCAAAAGAUGAGGGAGAUGGGUCUAGAAAGGGCUAGAAGAUAUGGGUGGCAAGAUACUUAUGUGUUCACAAAAGCUAUGGGAGAAAUGAUGAUUGAUAAAUUGAGGGAAGAUAUUCCAGUUGUUGUAAUUCGUCCAAGCGUUAUAGAAAGCACUUUUAAAGAACCAUUUCCUGGAUGGAUGGAAGGAAAUAGGAUGAUGGAUCCAAUAGUUCUAUGCUAUGGGAAAGGACAGCUAACAGGUUUCUUGGUAGAUCCAAAUGGGGUACUUGAUGUGGUUCCAUCUGACAUGGUUGUUAAUGCAACCUUGGCAGCAAUGGCAAGACAUGGAAUGGAUCAAAAGCGAGAUAUCAAUGUGUAUCAAAUUGCUUCAUCUGUAGUGAACCCUUUGGUGUUCCAAGACCUUGCAAGAUUGCUCUAUGAACAUUAUAGCUCCUCUCCAUGCAUUGACUCAAAGGGUAGGCCAAUUCAAGUUCCAUUGAUGAAGUUGUUUAGCUCCACAGAGGAAUUCUCUGGCCACUUAUGGAGAGAUGCUAUUCAGAAGAGUGGACUCACAGCUAUGGCCUCAUCAAAGGGGAAGAUGUCUCAGAAACUUGAAAAUAUUUGUAGAAAAUCAGUGGAGCAAGCAAAGUACUUAGCCAAUAUUUAUGAACCAUACACAUUUUAUGGUGGAAGGUUUGAUAACAGUAACACAGAAAGAUUAAUGGAAAUCAUGUCUGAAGAAGAAAAAAGGGAAUUUGGAUUUGAUGUAAAGGCAAUAGAUUGGAAAGAUUAUAUCACCAAUGUUCAUAUACCAGGUCUAAGGAGACAUGUCAUGAAGGGAAGGGGAAUGGGUAGUUAGUGACUUACUUUGUGCUAUGUAAUCACCUGUCAUAUUCUCCAAAAACUUUUAUGUAUACACACUUUCCCUUGUUACCUUGAACACUAUGAGAGUGUGGCAACAACUUCAACUACAAGGGAAUCUCCAUUAUCCCAUGCUGUAAUUUAUUGGUAUAAUAAUCAUAUCUCUGUAAUCUAUUACUAAAUAGUGUUUAAUCAUGCUAAAACUUUCUUGACA